GGAUGUCAGUCACCGACCUUGCUUGCUCUCCCUCAUCGUGAAGUUAUGAGCCACACGUUCGGCAAAGCUUCACUCACACCCGAAACUCAACAAGGAAACACAAGGGGAGUUAGCCCGCAAGUGAAAAUGUCACUCCUGUGUGUUAAAGUUAAAAGAGGGAAACUACAUGGACCGUCAGAAAAAUUUAAUACAUAUGUAACUCUGAAGGUUCAAAAUUUGAGAAGCACUACAGUGACCAGACGAGGAAAUGAACCCUGCUGGGAACAAGAUUACAUGUUUGAAAUAAAUGAUUUAAGGAAAGGUCUUGUUGUUGAAGUAUGGGACAAAGGCUUGAUAUGGGACACGCUCCUGGGCACUGUAUGGAUUCCACUCAAAAAAAUUGAACACGCAAUGGAGGAAGGACUUGGGAUUUGGUGGAUUUUGAAUUCUGAAGUUCUUACAAAUGGGGAUGAAAUUUGUGGUGCAAAAAAUCCAACGUUGCAUGAAAUCCUGUUGGAUACCUACUUUGAACUACCUGCUGAAAUCCCAGAGGAUGAGGCUCAGUACUUAAUAGAACGUCUUCGAAGUAUAAAUGCACAACUGGAAACUGAGCAGGAAACCAAUGGAAAUGUUAUCCAUUCUAAAAGUUAUCCAGAUCAGGUCCAGUUAUCUUUACCUGUCCUUCGAACUUCAGUCGCAGACGGGGCUUGUGAAGACUUGCAUUAUGACUAUCAAAGCGAUCCUAAUGAUUCAUCAAUAAAAGCUGGAAAUGGACAGUUGACGCAUCGUUCUGGCAUAAUUGACUUGUACUCCAAAACCAAACAGAGACUGUUGCCAGGAAAAGAAUUAAGUGAACUUGAUAGCAAAGACUCUUUUGACAGCAAAAGUGAUUUGGAAUCGUUCUCAAGUCGCAGCCAAUUAUCUAGUCAACAACAUUCAUUGGAAAGUAAACCUUCAUUAGAAUUGACUAAUAGUGGAUCAGUGGAAAGCAGGCAACACCUGUCUACAGCCCUCAGUCAUGGCAAUUCCCUGCCAAGUUACUCUGAAGGAAGUGAGAGUGAUGCUGUACAUGACUCUACUGUGGAGAGUGAUUGUGAAUCCCGCUCUACUGUGUACAGCUACCAGCAGAAUUCACAAGGGCAGCCCAGUGACCAAGAGAAUAGUACGUGCUGUAGUCAAUGCAAUUCUAACUGCAGCUGCGUUUCGCAGGACAAUCUGAAAAUGGAGGAGGACCCUGAUGGAUCCUGUAACCAUACGUCUGAAAGAGAAGACAACAUGAGUGAAGAGGUGGUUUGUACAAAUAGUAUUUCAAGAUCAAGAUGGAAAAGAGUCAUUGAAAAAGCUCAGCUAUCAAGGGGAAAUGUUUUUGAUGCAUCUACCCUUUCAAGCUUCAAGACCCCCGGAGGGGUUGGAAGUGAGCUAUAUGGCAUUGACAGUAUGCCAGAUUUGCGUCGAAAGAAGACGAUGCCUAUCGUCCGGGACUUGACUCUGGCUGCCCGAAAAGCAGGUAUAUCCUUAACCAUGGUCAACAGAACCUCAAUAAACAAUGAAGAAUUGAAAGCACACGUUUAUAAGAAGACACUGCAGGCCUUAAUCUACCCAAUAUCAUCAACUACCCCACAUAACUUCGAGAUUUGGACAGCAACUACUCCUACCUACUGCUAUGAAUGUGAGGGGCUGCUUUGGGGCAUAGCUAGGCAAGGCAUGCGUUGUACAGAGUGUGGUGUCAAAUGCCAUGAAAAGUGCCAAGAUCUUCUAAACGCUGACUGUUUGCAACGAGCAGCUGAGAAAAGUUCAAAACAUGGUGCGGAGGACAAAACGCAAAACAUCAUCACAGCUAUGAAGGAAAGGAUGAAAAUCCGAGAGAGAAACAAGCCAGAGAUUUUUGAGCUGAUUCAACAGCAAUUUCAAGUGUCUACAGAAGACUAUGCACAACAUUUGAAAACAGCAAAACAGAGUGUACUGGAUGGAACUUCCAAAUGGUCAGCAAAGAUAAACAUAACAGUGCUUUGUGCUCAGGGUUUACAAGCAAAGGACAAGACAGGCUCGAGUGAUCCAUAUGUCACAGUGCAAGUGGGUAAAACCAAAAGGAGAACGAAAACCAUUUUUGGCAAUCUCAACCCAAUCUGGGAUGAAAAAUUUCAUUUUGAGUGCCACAAUUCCACUGAUAGAAUAAAAGUUAGAGUCUGGGAUGAAGAUGACGAUAUUAAAUCUCGGGUUAAGCAGCAUUUCAAGAAAGAAUCAGACGAUUUCCUUGGGCAAACAAUAAUUGAAGUACGAACGUUGAGCGGUGAGAUGGAUGUCUGGUACAACUUAGAGAAGAGAACCGACAAAUCGGCUGUUUCUGGUGCAAUUAGAAUGAAAAUAAGUGUUGAAAUUAAAGGAGAAGAGAAAGUAGCCCCGUAUCAUGUGCAGUACACGUGUUUACAUGAGAAUCUAUUCACUUAUCUGACUGAAACAAAAUAUAACGGUAUCGUGAAAAUCCCACAAGUGAAAGGAGAUGAAGCAUGGAAAGUGUACUUUGAAGAUUUUGGUCAGGAAAUUGUAGAUGAAUUUGCAAUGCGCUAUGGAGUUGAAUCAAUUUACCAGGCCAUGACGCAUUUCUCCUGUCUGUCAUCCAAAUACAUGUGCCCAGGGGUUCCUGCUGUAAUGAGCACUCUGUUGGCCAAUAUUAAUGCAUAUUUUGCACAUACUACAGCUUCAACAAAUGUUUCGGCCUCAGAUCGAUUUGCUGCUUCAAACUUUGGAAGAGAAAAAUUUAUAAAGCUGCUAGAUCAGUUGCACAACUCGCUGAGGAUUGACCUUUCUAAAUAUAGGGAUAAUUUCCCAGCAACUAAUCCAGAAAGACUGCAAGACCUGAAAUCAACUGUGGACCUUUUGACCAGCAUUACCUUUUUCCGAAUGAAGGUUCAAGAACUACAGAGCCCUCCAAGAGCAAGUUCUGUGGUGAAAGACUGUGUCAAAGCUUGCUUGGACUCAACCUACAAGUAUAUUUUUGACAACUGUCAUGAUCUGUAUAACCAGUUGGUUGAUCAGAGUAAAAAACAAGAGAUUCCUCGUGAAGACCAGGGACCCACCAUCAAAAACUUAGAUUUCUGGCCUAAACUCAUUACUUUGAUGGUUUCAUGUGUAGAUGAGGAUAAGACAGCCUAUACUCCUGUCCUGAACCAGUUUCCUCAAGAACUUAACAUGGGAAAAAUAAGUGCUGAAGUUGUGUGGCAGCUAUUUGCCCAGGACAUGAAGUACGCUCUUGAAGAGCAUGAAAAGCAUCGACUUUGCAAGAGUGCUGAUUAUAUGAAUUUGCACUUCAAAGUAAAGUGGUUUUAUAAUGAAUAUGUGCGAGAUCUUCCAGCUUUCAAAGAUGCUGUAGCAGAAUAUUCUUUGUGGUUCGAGCCCUUUGCCAUUGAUUGGCUGGAUGAAAAUGAAGAUGUGUCAAUGGACUUUCUUCAUGGAGCACUUGAGAGAGAUAAAAAAGAUGGGUUCCUGCAAACCUCUGAACACGCUCUGUUCUCUUGCUCGGUCGUGGAUGUUUUCACUCAACUGAAUCAAAGUUUUGAGAUUAUCAAAAAGCUUGAAUGCCCUAAUCCAGAGGCACUGGCACAUUUCAUGAGAAGAUUUGCUAAGACCAUAAGUAAAGUCCUCCUCCAAUAUGCUGCUAUUAUUUCAAAAGAUUUCCAUUUGUACUGUUCCAAGGAAAAAGUGCCUUGCAUCCUGAUGAACAACAUCCAACAGUUGAGAGUCCAGCUCGAAAAAAUGUUUGAGUCAAUGGGUGGAAAAGAGCUUGAUGCUGAGGCAAGUGGUAUCCUGAAAGAGUUACAAGUCAAGCUUAAUGGUGUCUUGGAUGAACUGAGCUAUAUCUUUGGCACAAGCUUCCAAUCUGUAAUUGAAGAAUGUGUGAAACAGAUGAACAUUGAAUUAUAUCAAAUGAAAGGAACCGGGAAUGCAUCUGCUAAUAGGAACAGUGCAGCCCUGAAUGCAGAAACCGUCUUGAGGCCACUAAUGGACCUCCUGGAUAAAAACCUUACGCUGUUUGCUAAAAUCUGUGAGAAGACAGUCCUGAAGAGAGUUCUAAAAGAACUUUGGAAAUUGGUUCUGAAUACAAUCGAGAAAAAAAUUGUUCUGCCUCCAUUAACUGAUCAAAGCGGACCACAGAUGAUCUUCAGUGCAGCUAAAGACUUGGGUCAAUUAUCAAAGCUGAAGGAUCAUGUAAUUCGGGAAGAGGUUAAAAGUCUCAGUCCACGUCAAUGCGCUAUAAUGGAAGUAGUGUUGGCUACAAUAAAGCAAUAUUUCCACGCUGGAGGAAAUGGUCUCAAGAAGACAUUCUUAGAGAAGAGCCCAGACAUGCAGUCGUUGAAAUAUGCACUUAGUCUCUACACUCAAACUACCGAUGCUCUGAUUAAAAAAUUUAUCAGCACCCAGUCUUCACAAGCUCAAUCUACAAAUGGCUCAGUGGGAGAAAUAUCGGUCCAUGUGGAUCUGUUUACACAUCCUGGGACAGGAGAGCACAAAGUCACAGUUAAAAUUGUUGCAGUCAAUGAACUGAACUGGCAAACAACUGCCAUGUUCCGACCAUUCGUAGAAAUUCAUGUGGUUGGGCCAAACCUCAGUGACAAGAAAAGAAAAUUUGCCACAAAGACAAAAAACAACGCUUGGUCCCCAAAAUACAACGAGACAUUCCACUUCAUCCUGAGUAAUGAGAAUGGCCCUGAGUCCUACGAGCUUCACAUGUCUGUGAAAGAUUACUGCUUUGCCAGAGAAGACCGGAUUAUAGGAAUGACAGUGAUCCAGUUAAAGGACAUAGCUGAGAGAGGAAGCUGCGCAUCAUGGUAUGCACUGAUCAAAAAUGUUUACAUGGAUGAAACUGGACUGACAAUUCUCAGAAUACUCUCACAGAGGACCAAUGAUGAAGUGGCCAAAGAAUUUGUACGCCUCAAAUCAGAUACCAGAUCUACUGAAGAAACCACAUAAAAUGAAGCAGAAGAGAUAGACAGCAAGGAAGCAUAAGUUGAAGUUAUCUUUUGUGCAUGUCUGUUUAAAUGUGUGGGUAUGUUUAUCUGAAUAUGUGCAGGUGUGUGCAGAUAAUUAUAAAGUACUUCAGCCCAUAAUUAUGUUGAUGAAAUGGGGAGUACUGAAAUACAUGAUCUUUGGUCUCAGACAGCUAAUUGUUCUGAUAAAGUGCCAAAUCAAGAUUAUCCAAGGGAAUUUUUCCUGGUAUUUUGUUUUUUUUUCCUCUCAAUUUGCUAAACAAUUAAAUUCUAGUACUAAAUUGCUAUUCAGUAGUUUUUAACUCAAGUAUUUGUUGGUCCCUCGUUUGUGGCAGGCAUUGUCUCUUUAUCUCUGUGAUGUUGGGCUGUAUCUAUCCAGCGCAUGUUAAUGUAACUUUGCUAAGUUACAUCCUAAAACUUACUAGCAUCUUCUACUUUAUUGUUAAUUACAAAUGUUUUUUUCUCCACACAUAUUAAGAUGUUUAUAUUGAGAUAGAUGUUUAUUACAUCUAUACUGCUUAUAAUUUUUCAUAAUUUAAUAAAAACCACACUUUCUAACCUUAUUAAAGGUGCAAACAACUAACAUUAGCUUCAUUGAAUUUUUCUAACACAUCACUCUGAAGAUGCUGCUUAGCUGACAUUGUAACCACUUUUCUUAAAAAAGAACUCUCAAGCAAACUGGCAUUGUUAAUUCUCAAAAGUUGCCAAAGGGAUCUAAGGUCCAUUCAACACUUUUUUAUGCCACAUUGAGGCCACAUGUUUACAGAGCUACGGGCUGUUUUGGUGAUUUGAAUAGAAGAAAUUACUAUGUUUCUGAUAAAUAGUGAAGCUGUUACUAUUUUCAAUGAUGCGCUUGUAUAAUGUUGCUUUAUAAAAUUGUACUACUGGUUCGGCUGUAACCCCAUUGUUUCAACAUUUUCAACAAUUGGUAAUUAUGCAACAUUCUUAUGUAUUGCACUGAUGUUGAAAUUAAUGUCAUGUAAAUAUAUUUAGUGAACAAUUGUACAAUAAAGUAUUGGAAGAUUC